AUGGGUACAGCCGUGGAAGUCACUGUGUCAAAGACCGAUGUCCAACCCCCCGAACAUGAUCCAGGCAUUCGAGAACUCAGGGAUGCGAUUCCAGCCCAUUGCUUUGAAUCCUCGUAUACGACCUCCUUCUACUAUGUAGCUAGGGACCUGGCAAUCGUCGCCGCCCUGGCUCUUGCUGCGCUCCAUUUUAUUCCCAGCAUCCCUAGCCCUGUAUACCGCUUCGUUGCUUGGGCCAUCUACGGAUUUACACAAGGCCUUGUCGGCACCGGGCUCUGGGUUCUAGCUCAUGAGUGUGGCCACGGAGCAUUCUCCCCGAACCAACGAGUCAACGAUGUUGUCGGCUGGCUCCUCCAUUCUGCCCUCCUUACGCCGUACUUCUCGUGGAAAUCAACGCAUCGUCGCCACCACAUGUAUGCGAACCACAUGGAAAGGGAUCACCACUAUGUUCCAUUGCGUCGGGACACUUAUGCCGCGAAAGUUGGGACAACCGUCGAAAAUCUGGAACAUUUGACCGAGGACGUGCCAAUUGUAACUUUCCUUCGCAUUAUUGUCCAGCAAAUCUUCGGCUGGCCGUGGUACGUCCUGUUCAACAUCACCUCAGGACCGGAAAGCACGUUUCCUCGAAAGCGCGGAAAAUGGUUCAAGAAUAGCCAUAUCGACCCUACAAGUUCACUCUUCAGCCCUCACGAAUUUGGGUCAAUAGUACUUUCCGACAUAGGUCUUGGCCUGACUGCCUUUGGUCUAUGGCAUCUCGGGAAUCUGGUUGGUUCCAGAACCACGAUAUACCUUUAUGUCGUGCCCUAUCUCUGGGUUAACCACUGGAUUGUGGCUGCCACUUAUCUCCACCAUACUCACCCUUCAGUGCCUCGAUACGAGGGCCAGUCCUGGACUUUCUUACGUGGCGCCCUUGCUACUGUUGAUCGCGAUGUUGGCUGGAUAGGCAGAUUCUUUUUCCACAACAUCAUUGACUACCAUGUCAUCCACCAUAUCUUCCCCCGAAUACCCUUUUAUCAUGCCGAGGAAGCGACCAACGCAAUCAGGCCUCUCUUAGGGCCCAAGUAUAUCCACGAUAAACCUUCAUCUUUCAUGCUGGGCCUUUGGCAGGCGUUUACAGAGUGUCAAUGGGUGGAAUCUGACAAAACAAAAGGUACCGAGAGCGGAGCUCUAUGGUUUAAAGGAGGCCCUUCACCCGCUCCCGAAUACAGCAUGCGGAGUUGGAGGACCCUCCCAUUCACAAACUCAAAGGUCUGGAUGUAA